GCGGGGCUUUCAGUCCCAAACAGUGGGAGCUGGUGAGGUGUUCGGUGUGGGGGCUGCAGCUCAGCACUGACCCGGCAAGGAGAGCAAAAUGUCCAGCGUUAAAGAGGAGUGUGAGGAUAUCAGUGUGAUGGAGGUGACUGGACUGAAGACUGAAGACCAGCAGAUGGACGAAGACAUCAUAGAGGAGCACAAGCCAGACGUGAAGCUGUUUCAGGAAGAAUAUGAUGCACAGAAACCUCCCCAAAGCAGUGAGCCUGGAAACAGCACCGCCUCCCACCCUAAAGACCCCCUGAGAAUUCAUACUGGAGAAGACGCUUUGCAGUGUGAGAAGAGCUUCAGCUCUGAGAGAGCUCUGAGACGCCACAUGGAGACGCAUGAAGGAACGAGACCUCAUCAGUGCUCUCAGUGUGAGUGGAGCUUCAAACGCUUCACGGAUUUGAGACGGCAUGAAAAGAUUCAUACCGGAAAAAAGCCGUUCAGCUGCUCCGAGUGCGGAAAAGACUUCACAACCACAAAACGCCUUAAAACCCACACCAUGAUUCACACCGGAGAGAAGCCGUUCACCUGCUCCGAGUGCGGGACAAGUUUCAGAACAUCGAGCCACCUUAAAGCUCACAUGAUGAUUCAUACCGGAGAAAAGCCUUUCAGCUGCUCUCAGUGCGGGAAGAGGUUUUCGAGAUCGUUUGACUUUAAAACCCACAUGAUGAUUCAUACCGGAGAGAAGCCGUUUUCCUGCUCCGAGUGCGGAAAGGGGUUUUCGGAAUCAAGGCGACUGAAGUCCCACAUGCUGAUUCACACUGGAGAGAAGCCUUUCAGCUGCUCUCAGUGUGGGAAGAGGUUCUCCAGACAGUUCGAGUAUAAAAUCCACAUAAUGAUUCAUACCGGGAUAACACCGUUUCCCUGCUCCGUGUGCGGAAAAGGCUGUUUGAACUCAAGCCACCUCAAAACCCACAUGAUGACUCAUACCGGGGAGAAGCCGUUCAUCUGCUCCGAGUGCGGAAGAUGUUUUUCAACGUUGAAACAGCUGAAGUCUCACCUGAUAACUCAUACCGGAGAAAAGCCGUUUGCCUGCGCUCAGUGCGGGGCGAGGUUCACCACCGCGAGCGCCCUAACGAGGCACAGGUACGUGCACACUGGAAACAAGCCUCACCAGUGCUCCCAGUGCGGGAAGAGCUUCAUACGACUCUCAGAGUUAAAAGACCACCAGAGAAUUCAUACCGGAGAAAAGCCUUUUAGCUGCUCGCAGUGCGGCAAGAGGUUUGCUACCACUAACGGUCUUAUAAAUCACAUGUACGAACAUACUGGAAACAAACCUCACCAGUGCUCCCAGUGCGAGAAGAGCUUCAUAUGUGUCUCGAAGCUGCAGCUACACCAGAAGACACAUCUGAAGUCUCACCAAAGAAGAAAAAACUGAUUAUUAAGACUCAUGAUGCAAAUGAGUAGCAACAAAAGUUGAUCAAUCACAAGCUUGUUAUUGUUGUUUUCAUGAUGAUUAUUAUUGAUAUUAAUACGUAUGUAAUGUAGUAUUGAUGGUGAGAAGAACACACUCUGAAUAUGUUCUGAAGGCGCAAGGAAUUUGACUAAAAUCCAGUAUGAAUUUUUAAAUUCAGAUUCCGAUCAAUUUUUAUUUGGAUGGUCCCCUAUAGAUGAUCUACAAAUACUGAUAUGAUUAACAAACUUUCUGGUGAUCCUUAGUUGAUUAUCAACAACAUUAACCUCUUCAACCACCCGUGGUUCCAACACACACUUCGUCAUAUUCUUCAUAACUUUCAUAUUUCAUAAACUACAUUUGAAAGGUGGGGGUCAUAUGAGAGCU